AUGUUCUCUCCUUAUUCGCAGCCAUUUCGUCGGAUGCAUGUAAGGGCUUUAUCAUACACGACUAUACCGAGACUUGUGGCGCGUGCCUUCAAGGUGCCUAUUGCUGGUGCAACAGUUGGGGCUGGAGCUCUGGGCUAUGCAAACUACAAGUUUGAAGAGCUUAAGAGGACUACAAGCGGCUGGAUGACCACCGUCCAGGAGACAGCAACGGACGUAUUUGACUCUGCAUCGGAUGGUCUAAAGGCUGCACAAUCACGACUAUCGGACGUUCAUUUUCCGGAUGUAGAAGCGCCUCAGUUUCUAAAGGACCUGUUUUCUUCUCGAGAAAAGGCAAGCGGUGAAGAUUCUGGACGAAAUAAGGGCGAGAAUGGCGGUCAAUCGGGUGGCAAGCCCCCUGAUGGUGAAGAUGCCGCAGUUGCGGCUCUCGCGGCUGCUACUCUUGCAGCCCCGUCAUAUUCAUCCGAGGGCGAGGAUGAGAAAGGAGAAGCGGUGAUCGGACCAAAUGAGCUCAUGCAUCUGACAAAGAAACUCAUUGGAAUACGGACUAUGUUACUUGAAAUCGACCAGAACGACGCGUUGAAACUACCGAGUAUUGUGGUCAUCGGUUCUCAGAGCUCUGGUAAGAGUUCGGUUUUAGAGGCGAUUGUUGGUCAUGAAUUUCUUCCCAAGGGAAACAAUAUGGUGACUCGACGGCCGAUUGAGUUGACUCUGGUACAUACGCCUGCCAAACCUGGAAGUACACAACCGCAGGAAUACGGCGAGUUCCCUUCAUUAGGUCUUGGGAAAAUCACGGACUUCACUCAGAUCCAAAAAACUCUGACGGACCUCAAUCUCGCCGUUCCUGCAAGCGAAUGUGUCUCGAAUGACCCUAUCGACCUUCGUAUCUACAGUCCAAACGUACCAGAUUUGACCAUGAUCGACCUACCGGGAUACAUCCAAAUUUCGUCGAUGGACCAACCGGAGACGCUAAAAGAGCAGAUCGCUGCACUCUGUGAUCGUUACAUCCGCGAGCCGAACAUCAUUCUCGCUGUUUGUGCAGCAGAUGUCGAUCUAGCUAACUCACCAGCUCUCCGGGCUAGUCGUAAGGUUGAUCCUCUGGGGAUGCGGACAAUCGGAGUGAUCACGAAGAUGGACUUAGUAUCACCAGAACAGGGUAUAGACAUCUUGUCUGGGAAUAGAUACCCUCUUCAUCUUGGUUAUGUUGGCGUCGUUUGCAAAUCUACGGGAAAGAGACUUGGGAAGGAGACGACGGGUGAACUGGUCAAACGAGUAGAAAAUGAUUACUUCAGCCAGCACAAGGAAUAUUUCAAGAAUUCGGCUAUAAUGACUAGCACGUCUACGCUCCGGAGACGCCUCAUGGAAGUCUUGGAAUCGUCCAUGGCUUCGUCACUUCAUGGCAUUACCAACCAAGUGCAACUAGAACUCGAGGAGGCAACUUACCAGUUCAAAGUGCAAUACAACGAUCGCCGAAUCACAGCGGAGUCGUAUGUCGCCGAGACCGUCGAUACGUUAAAGGCACGCUUCCGAGAGUACACUUCGCAAUUCACACGUUCCCAACUUCGUGCAAAGCUCAAGGAGCUGCUGAACGACAAAGUGAUGGACAUCAUGGAGCAACUUUAUUGGUCUGAUAACAGAGCCAGGGAGCUGAACGCUCUUGCUGCAGACUCGAAGGUCAAACCAGAGGAAGUAGAGCCUUACUGGCGAUAUAAGCUCGAUGCCGCUAGCUCGUUGUUGACUAAAUCUGGUGUUGGACGCGACACAACUCUGCUUGUGGCAGACGGCCUCCGCGCACUCAUCGACUCGAUAGCUUCUGGUGAACCGUUCUCGCAUCAUCCACGAGCUGCAGAGCGGAUCGUAGCUUUCAGCCAUGCCAUCCUACGCGACCGCAUCGGUGUAACCGCCGACCAAGUUGAAAACUGCAUAAAACCAUACAAGUAUGAAGUCGAAGUUGACGAACGCGAAUGGGAGCUCGGACGGUCCAAAUCAGUGGAAGUGAUUGAGAAGGAGAUUGGCAUGUGUGAGGGGAAGCUGAAGGAGAUCCGACAACGUGUUGGUGGGAGUCGACGAUUGAAUAACUUGAUGGGUUAUGUCAGAGUUAUUGAAGAGAAGGAGAAUGAGAGGAAGAAGCAGAGGCUUAUCGCGCAAGCGCAGGAUGAGGAGGCUCCUCUUCCUGAGCCUGAAGAGAUUCACUAUAGAUAUAGUCCCGGUCAAAUGCUCGAUGCUAAGCACGCCCAAUCUUAUGUCGACCGAAUCGGCAUCCUCAAGCUUCGCCUCUCGACUCUGAAGUCGAAACGCUGCAAGGGUGGUCCGAACAACGAUGUACUCUGUCCUGAGGCAUUCUUGGACGUUGUAGCCGAGAAGCUCGCAUACACGUCUGCUCUGUUUAUCAGUAUCGAACUUCUUGACCAUUUCUUCUACCAAUUCCCACGAGAAAUUGAUUCACGACUAAUUUACGACCUUGACCGCAAGGAGAUUGUCGCGUUCGCGAAGGAGAACCCUGCAAUUCGUAAGCAUCUCGAGCUGCAAGAUCGUAAAGAUAAGCUCGAAGAGGUUAUGAAGCAACUAAAUAGUCUCACGCAUCUUCGUAAAGACGCUCAACCGACUCCUCGGCGAACAAAAGGUCUCUUUGGAAACAUGUUCUGA